ACACUGUUUCACUUAAUUGUGCACUUGUGCGCCUUUGUCAGUUCACGUGAAGCCUGGCCUGGCACCCUCCCUCCCUUUACGCACACCCGCACAUGAGCCUUACCCACACGUCCCCCCACAUUUCAUUUUCAUCGUAUUCCUUCCUUUCAUCAUAUUCACGACGAGUAGCACGCACAGCAGGGCAGGAUGCGCAACAUGUCGCCCACAGCCGUCCUGAGGGUGCUGCGCGUCCGUACCGAACACGGCGAGACACCCAUCGCCGCUGCACGCAAAUCCCUCUCAAAAUGGUGGCAACUGAACACACACCAGCCCACCCGCAGCCGAAAGCUCUCGCACUUGGACGUGCGCAGAUGCCGUGUGGCUUACUUGUUGAGGACCAUGCUAAACGGGAUGCGGCUGUGUCUCACAAGGCACUCACGCAGGCGGGCUGCCGUGCCCAGUGGGCAGAGACGGCGGAAGAAUGUGUGCUUCUCCCGGACUGGGAUCCCCCCCAGCACCUCUGUGCCCCACGUGUACACCCGGAACCCAUCGGGAGAGCACUAAUGCAACGCAAACAAGAGGUAAGCUGGUGCCGCGCAACGACUGUGUGGGUCUUACGAGGCGGCUCUUGUCGACAAAGAAGACCUCACCCCCUGUGUACACGUGGAGAGGGAAUAUCCGUCCAUCCAUCCGGCCAUCACUUGUGGAUGCGUGCAAACAGUCUGUCUCCCACCUUUUGACAUGUUUGCAAAGUAGCACCCUAGGUGUUCCCCCGCCGAGUCCCCGAAGGUGAUGGACGCAAACAUGAUCUCAUCGGCAUACUCCCACAGGUACAUGAUGUGGUUGAGGAAUGAGAACAACCCUGAACGAAGGCAACAGACACAAAUCAGCCACGGACGACGACUGAUCUCCCUUGAUGCAUGGAGCUUUCUCACCCACUCUCUUUUCUCCCUCGUCACACGAGUCGUCAUCUUCGAUUUCCUGCAGAGGCGGCGCACACUCUCUCUGCGGCUUCUCCAAUCCAUAGCCCACCCCCGGGAAUACAGCCGCUGGCUGGACAGGUGGUGGUGGAACGAGAAGGGGCAUCUCUCGUGGGCUCAUCGGCACCACAAAGGGAACUACAACGAAGGAGAAAAAGCAGCCCAAACAGUCCCCCCCAUGGUUGCACUAGUCUGCGUGUCCUCUCUUACGUGUGUUUGCAGUGGUCCAUAGCGAGGGGCCCAUUGCAGGGUGAAGGGGCUGCUCCAUGGCGAACGCCUGCUCCAUCCCGAAAGGGUAGGGAGGCUGAGAUGCCAUGACGGCAAAGGGAACCGAAG